AUUUUCCAUAGUCUGCCAUUUAUAUUAAGGUCAGUCCCCUGAAAUGGGUGUUGCACCUUAUGUAAGGAAACCUAAAUCAGCAACAUGUCUAGAAGUUCCUAUUCUCACAGCAAAUCCCACCAGCAGUUUCAAUAUUCUUGAUUCCAGCAUUUGUCAAAUGUUUUUCAGUUUCUUCAAAUGAAUCUAUUUGUUUAUUAGAUAGACUCCAAAGCAUACUGUACUUCAUGCAAUAUCCUACAAACCCUCCCACUGGUUGGGACAUGAGAGAAAAUAAAGGAGUUAACAUGCAGAGUAAACAAAAACUAAAUCAGACUUCCCCUUACUGUUAGAGAGACAGAGAGACACCAUGGCCAGAGAGAGAGUAACAGCCGCCCGGGCCCUUUGCAUGAGGGGAUAUCUGCUCACAGUUUCCCUCAGUGCUUGGAUGGAUGGAGUCCAUGGAAUUGGGGUUCAGCUGAUCCCUCAGUACCCGGUGGUUAGUCAGUCUGUUACCCUGAGCGUCACUGGGGUCACUGGCGCCAUACGGCAGUUCACAUGGUAUAAAGGUUCAAGUACAGAUACCAAUAACCAAAUAUUCAGUGUUAUUCCAUCUUACAGCUCAGUGACAGAAGGGCCUCAGUAUUUCCCUCGUGCCAGUCAGUUCCCAAAUGGCUCAUUGCAGAUCUCAGGCCUUGUUCCUACAGACCAGGGGAAUUACACAGUGCUGAUACAGACUGCUGGGAGUAGAGCACAACAUACAGUUUCCCUGCCAGUUUAUGAGCCUGUCACUGCCUCAGGGAUCAGCACAGACAAUAAGGAACCCCAGGAGAAUCAUCCAGUCACCCUCACAUGCAGUGCAAAUAAUGCAGAACAGAUCCUUUGGGGCAAGAAUGGUGUCCCUCUCCCUCCCGGGCUGACUCUGUCUGCAGAUAACAGGACUCUCACUUUCCCCAGGAUCUCUCGCUCAGAUACUGGACAAUAUCGAUGUGAGGCUUCAAAUGCCAUCAGUAAGAUUAUCAGUGAUCCCUACACAUUAACUGUAAACUAUGGCCCAGAAUAUUUAAAAAUUAAAGGAAAACUACAAGUGACUUCUGGGAACUCCAUCUCAUUAGAAUGUUCUGCUGAUUCUGUUCCUGCACCAACCUACCAGUGGAAAUUCAAUGGGACUAAUUUGGAAUCACAGACUAACCCACUGUACACCCAACAGGCCACACCUGAGAGUGCAGGAAAUUAUACCUGUAUAGGGACUAAUUCAGUGACAAAGCUCUCGCGGGAAACCUCUGUGUAUGUGUCUGUGAAUGACAACUCUGCAGCCAUUACAGUCGCCAUCAUCUGUGGGUCCAUCCUGGGGAUUGUACUUAUCAGCGGUAUAAUGGCGCUGCUGUACAGAAAAUGUCUUCUUCCCCUAAGAGGACAAUCAGGUGACAGAGGGGAGGAUCCAUCCCAAAUAUAUUAUAACAUUCCCAACACUGCAGCGGCUCAUCCUGCAAUAGAGGAGGGUCCAUACAUGGGACUGCAGUACCCAUCUCAGGAUACAUACAGUGAGCUGAAACGAUAAUGUGAUACCGAUAAUUCAUUGCCGAUAUUGGGGUGGAGAAGACUUCCAGUGGAACAUUCAAUUAUAGCAAAUUACAUUGUCUGAGCCCUGUUUAAUCAUCUCCUGACACCUCCUCCAGUGACCAAAGAUUGCUGCAAUGAGGGGAUUCAGUAUUUUAUGUACUGGUUCACCAAUCAGAAGUCUGAUAGCAUAGGAAGCAAUCCCUCACAGUGCUGUCAUUUCUUUGCACUGGCUCAAUUUAUUAAUGCACAGAGAAUUUUGUCGCCCAUUUCGUGAAAAAAUCCACCAAUGGCAAAACGCUGAAAUUCACCACAAAUCCAUGCCUGCCGAAUUAUUUCACCCAUCACUAGUCACAAUGAGGAGAGGUCCCAAUAUGGAGCUGGGCUCAGGGACGCUGCUUCAUUUCCCAAAACCCAUCUUUGUGAAUCAGAACCAAUCAGAAGCCUGAUAGCAUAGGAAGCCGUACCUCACAGUGCUGUCAGUUCCUUGCACUUAGCCCUUUUCUGUUAUCAACUGCAAUCUUUGCCUAAGGUAUAAUUCAUUGUUUUGUUUUGUUGCCUGUGCGCCAGUGUGAAGUGAAGUACAUUGCAUCUAUUAAUACAAAUAUGUUUAUUUAUUUUGUUCUUUGUCUCUGUCUUCAGCAUUAUAAUUAUAAGUUUUUAUCAGAAACAAUGUUAGUUUUACAUUUCUUUCCACUGUAAUGAUCAUUGUCAGUACAAAUAUCAUUAUACUGUUCCAAGGGGAGACAUUUGAAUCCCAAAAAUGUAUUUCUGCCUUAUUACCAUUUCACUUGCUAAUGGACAUGCAUUAUUCUUGCUUCCCAUUUACUCCCAUUCAUCUGUACUAUACAGCCACCUCCCCUGUACCAGUCAGAUCCGCAGAACCAAUGACGGUAGGAGUUGUAGGGCGAUUCUUGUCUGUGUAGUUUCUACAAAAAUAUUUAUACACACUGCCACCUUCUGGGUAAAAGCCAACACCACAAAUGUAUUAUUUCUACUAUUUUUCACAACAAUAUAUUGCAACAGCUUAUCAGUACCAUUGGGCCCACUAUAGUUUGUGGGUCCCCAGCAGUUGCAGGGUCUGAUUCCUCUACACUUCCGAUUUUCAGUUAAAUGAUUGGUGAGUUUGUAUCAUAGUAGCUGUGGUUGAAAACAAAACAUUCAAAAACAAUGUUUUGUUCUAGCAAACCUACCUAACUGCUAGUUGAUCUAUUGUAUAGCACACACACAAAUAAUAGCAAUGGUCGCUAAGGAUCACAUACACUAACACAAGAAAGAGGGAACUGAAUAACCAACAGUCCUAAACCAAAAUGAUUGUGAAAUGGUGUGGGAGUGAGUGUAAAAAAUACUGGCUUCUCUUAAAUGUGAAGCUUAGUGACAAGUGUUGCCUUCUUUUAUGCUAAAGUGACAUGUAUUUUUGUGCAUCCCUAUCAUUAACAGACAGAGCCAAAUAAAUGGGCAGCUUGGGCCCUAGGUAAGGUGAUGCUUUUGGUGACCAAAAUGAAGAGCUACAUAUGCAGGUUGUUUCUUUGUUCUUCAGCAUCCCGGGGUACAGUGCUGCUCUAUGGGAGAUGGCUUCUAUUUCAUUAUAAGCGCAGUCAGGAGUGGGCAAAUCUGGGUCUGUACCCACAGGAGCAGAAACAAAUGAUAAACCCAGGAAAAAAAAGAUUUUGAUAAAUUUAUGCUUUUACCCUUGGUCUCUGUUUAAUGGGUACAUACCAAAAGCACUGAUAUGGAUACUAUGGGUACUUAGAAUGGUUACUACUGUAAAAUAGGGACCAAAAGUACUCCCUGUGGGGUCAUCACUGCUAGAUGAGUGGUAAUUAUUCUGCCCUACACAUAGUUACUGAAUGGUUUCAAACCCUUUGUGGGUAAUGCAGUAAAAGCUACAGGUCUAAUAACCAAUCAGAAGGCAGCAUUUGUUUGAAAACUAACAUUUGAUCAAGUUAUAAGUCUAGGUUGGGCAAUGAGAGAGUGAAUGUAUAAGGCCACUGGUGCACUGGACAGAAAUAUUAUCGUUUGACAUAGUGGAACAUAGUAUAAUUUUCUCAUUUUUUUCUUUUAAAAGAUAUUCAAAUAAACUCAUUUCCACAAAUCUCUGACAUUUACUAAAAGGUCAGAACUGAAAAAGUAUGUGUGGGAAAAAGUUGCUGAAAAGUACCCCCAAAACUUUGACUUGAAUUGGAUCCACCAGGAAAGGGAAGGGACAACUGCCAUUGACUUCUACAUGAUCCUGACAAGUUUCUGCUUGUGAUUUGUUGGAUUCAGAUUUUUAGCAGUAUUGUCGCGAAGUAAAUCUCAGAAAAGUCACAACUUUUUUUCAUCGUCUUUUAGUGCUACAAAAUAUGUAUCAGAAUGGCCCCCUAUAUGUCUGGGGAAAUAAAGGCAGCACUUCUCAGUAA